GCCACGUCUCGUCAGUGGGUGGUUGACUGUAUCAGCUGCCUUCUCAGUAUACAAGGCCAGCCCAUGAACCUGGGGUCAGCGGAGGAGGAGCUGAGAUGUCUCCGUGACGAACUAACAACAGCUCCAGACCCUGAGGCUUUGUUUCAGGCAUCUUCCAAAAUGGCCAGGGUUGUUAGUGAGUACUUUUCCCCAGAACAGGCCACAGACUUUAUUGAGGCCACAGUGGAAGGUAUGCUGUCUGCCAGCCCCUCCUGUGCCAUGGCAGCUGGACUGUGGAUAAAGAUCAUCCUAAAGGAGUGUGGAGAUGCCAUGCUGGGCCAGGUGCCAGCUAUCCUGAAUAUAAUAUAUAGCCACGUGCCUACUAUCCAGGAGGGCAGCUUGAGGCAAUUCCUGCUGGAGGCAGUGUCUAUUCUAGCUCACCAUCACCUAGAGGCAGUGAUCUCCAGCCUCCUAAGAAAACGUCUGCCGAUGGACAGGCAACAUGUGCCAUCUCUGAGGUGGUGUCAGCACUGCAGUCAAGCGAAGCUGUGCGGGAGCUGCUCCCAGAGCUGUUUCCUAUUCUCCUGCAGCAGGUCAGCCGAACCUUAGGACAAAAGAUGCCUUUGCCAGUGAGAAGCAGCCAGAGGCUAUUCCGAAAAGACCAACAACAAACUGAGGACAACCCUUGCCGGUUUUCUGUCCAAGCGUUAGAAUCUGUGCUUUCUAAAGCUGGGAAUGAGAGACUGGUGAGAGUGCUCAGGACGCAGAAAACAUGGAUUCUGCUUGAAAACCCCCAGACUCACCAUGAGGGAGUGUGUCUGCUGGUGAGUGGUCUGCUAAGAUUUGGACUAAUAACACUUGAGAUCAUCCAGAGCCUCCUCCCUGGG